AUGGAUAGUGAACAGUUGAAGAAUUUAGGUAAUGUGGCCUUCUCUCAUAAGAAUUAUGAUGAUGCCAUUACCCUUUACACAAAAGCUUUACUUCAAGAUGAUACCAAUCCCAUAUUAUUCUCCAAUAGAGCCAUGUGUCAAAUAAAGUUAUCUAAUUGGGAUAGAGCCUUACAAGAUUGUGAUAGUGGAUUAGCAUUGGAAUGUGACGAUAAGACCAAAGUCAAAUUACUUUUCAGGAAAGCUACGACGUUUAAAGGUAUGAAAUCUAUGAAGUUGGCAUUGCAGUACUUCCAGAAGGUGGUGGAUUUAGAUCUGUCUAAUGAAGCUGCUUUGAAAGAGAUCAAGAGUCUUAAUAUUGAAGAACCUCAUAAUAAGAGAAUACCCAUCCCCAUUGAAAAAGUCGAUAAACUCCCAGAAGAAUAUGAAGCAUUAUUGAACGACAGACCACCACCAGUACCAUCAGUUACCCAAGAGAUAGAAAACCCUGGUAGAGUAUCAAAAGAGAUCGAUGAGUUAUUUGGUGAUAAACCCAAACCUCAACCAAAACCUACAUUCGUUGAAAGACCUACUACAUCUCCAUUGAUGGCAUUGAAAUCUAUCCCUGGAGCCAAUCGUGAUAAAGCAUAUACUUAUGUGAUAAAUCUCCCCGUAUCAUCAUUAGUUGAUGAUUUCUCCUUUGGUAUGGAACCUGAUUUCUUGAGUUUUUAUGUUGAAGCUGCUGCUCAUGUUUCUUCCAAUAACUCCGUCAAUGGGUGGGAUACUUUGAUUUUGAACAACUUUCAACAAUUAUCUAAAGUCAAAAGAUUCGACAUCUCCAAGACUUUUAUAAAACAAGAAGAUUUAAAUACUUUGUUGGCUAAUGUAUCGUCAACGAACCCUGAUUUACUUCCACAUUACGAAACCAUAUUUCAAUAG